GGCAAGAGCUCACUUGUAUGUUAAUACUAAGCGGCCAGUUAGAGCAUCUGAAGGGGACUCUGAUGUUGGGUUUAGCUUGACACCAAUAUCACCAUUUCCACAAGAAAUGUAUGAGAAACGGUCUGGAAAAUAUAACAGGUUUGCUUAUAUUUCAGAUGAUAAUAUUGAUGGUGAUUCAGCUGAUGACUUGAUAGAUGAUGAAAAUGAAGAUCAAAUUGACAGUCAUGAAAAAAUGAUAGAGAGUGAUAAAAAUGUACCACAAAAGGAGAUUAGUUCUUUAAAGAAAAAAGAAAUGAAAAGCAUGGAUUCAUUAGACUUGUUGUUAGAUGAGCAAGGUGAUUUUGUAGAUGGAAGUCAGCAAGUUAUUAAUUUAGAGAGGGAAUACUUAGAUGCAUUGAAAUUUACUGAAGAAUCGAAAAAUAAAAAUGGUACAAGGCCAGAAAACAGUAACAGUGAAUCACAUAAGAAUGGAGACAAAUACACAGUUACUACUGCUACUAAAGGGCUACAAAUAAAAGAUGAAAUUGAUAAUUUAACACAGAAAUUAGCAAGUGAUUUUGAUGGGGAAAGAGAAAAAAAUGAGGAUAUAAAAACUGAAACUCUUGAUCUGCAUCCAAGUUCGAUUAACACAAAAGAUGAACAAAAAAAUUCAAAACCAUUGAAAAAUAAAGCAAAACUGGAAACUCAAAAUACUCUUGAUAUUCUUCUAGAGCAACAAGGUGAUUUGGUAGAUCAAAGUACUGAAAUUAUUGAGUUUGAUGCAGAUCUACUUGCAAGUUUGGAACAGAACUUUAAAGAAAAUAUUUUAGUACAACAAAGCAGUCAGGCUCUUAGUAAAGAAUAUGCUUAUCUAGGUAUUCAGCAUGGAGUUGUUCAAAAAUCAAAUGAAAACCAACAUGGUACUUCUUCUCCAAAUCAAGAUGACUUUGACUCUAUAGUUGAAGGGGCAAAAGAUUAUCUUGAUGGAGGAGAGGCAAAAGACAGUGUACCAGUUGCUGACUCAUUAUCUCAAGUCAGGAAAUACAUACAUCAUGAUACAUCUCCAGACAGCUCAGAUUCUGACAUGCUUAGUGUCAUUGAAGAGGUUGAUGAUGAAAUAAGUGAUUCUGAUGAUGAUGAUGCUAGAGGAGACAUCAAAAACAGCAAUGAAUUACAAAGAUCUCUGAAAGUUGCAAGAAAAACAUUCAAUACAGAACCAAGAGAUAUUGAAAGAACAGAAAAAGCAAAGCAAUAUGAUACCACAAGAACCACUAUUGAAAAGGAAUCUGCAACUGGAUGUGAUGAUCGAGUACCAGAAGAUGAAAUUAAACCUCAGGUAAAAGGAAAAAUAUUUCUAAAGGCGAGAGAUAUUGAACAAAGAAUGAAGAAUUUAGUUAAAGGAGGUGGAAGUUCAUCAGUAAUAACAAGUAAAAAGGAUGAUGUUAAACGUGAUAAGUAUAAAAAGGUACAUGAUCAUUGGUUAGCACUGGAACGACAUGAGGCAGAUAUGCUAGAUAUUGAUGAAUUGGAUAAAGCCACAAAUGAAGGGAAUAGUCAAAAGGAUGAAGUAAAUGCUGUAACUGCCUUAGUCACAGAAGAUGUGAAAACUGAAUGGGAAGAGGAAAUAAUAGAUUCUCCUGUAGAUCAUGUUAUAACAAAUGAAGAUAGAGACUUUGAGGUAGGUAUGAAUUCUGGUGUAUCAAAAGCAGAAAUUCAUAAUACAGAAGAAACCUUUGAGAAAAGGUUAUGUCUAGAAACAAAAAGUGAGCAUAGUGAUCAAGCUAUGAGUGGAAAAUUAGAUGAAGUAAAGACAGAAAUCAUUGAUUCGCCAGAGAGUAGUGUGAAAACUUUAAUAAAUGAAGAUGAGCAUGUAGAAGAAAAAAUACUCAAUAGUACAGUUAAUGACCAAAAAGGUGCUAGUAUCAAUGACAGCACUGUUUUCUGCCAUACUUUAAGUGACAUAAGUAGUUUAACAGAUAUUGAAUCUCAAGGUGAUAUUCAUAUAAAUACACAAGUAAAUGAACAAACUAACCAUAACAAUGCUAGUAUAAAUGAUAGCAAUGUAUUUUGCCAUACUUUAAGUGACAUAAGUAGUUUAACAGAUACUGGACUGCUAGACAAUAGUGUUACUGAUAAUCAGACUGAUGUCAGACAAGUCACUGACAAUGAAGUUUCAGCAUCAGCUAGAAAUUCUUGCCAUAGUUUGCCAGAUGAAGACAAGGAGCAGAUUCUAGAGGUUGUUAAUAAUCAGAACCAAUCUGAGCUGAAAACAAGCAUAAAUGAUUCCAGAGCUUCAUGCCAUAGUAUCUCAGAGCUCCAUGACCCUGUUCUUGAAAACUUGUCACAAGAAACAUCUUCCAUAUGCUUGAAUUUACAAGGUGGUUUAACUGUUGAACUACCACAAGAUGUUAAGGAUGAUGUUUUUCAUGAUAAAAAUGUUGAAAAUUCCAUGAAACAGGAAAGUACAAAUAAAGAAAGACUUAGCUCUGAUGAGAUUAGAUUUGAAAUACGAAACAUGCAGCAGUCACAGAAAAGAUACACAACUGAGAUUGAGCUUAAUGUUGACAUGGGUGGCAAAAUUACACCACCAGCAAUGUCAAAGGAUCUUCAGUUUUUCAAACCCCCAGAUAAACCCCCUCGAAUCAAGAAAACCUCUUCCUCUGGCCCUAGCAGCCCUGAAUUUACAACAAUCAACCCUAAAGUUUAUGUGGACUCUCCUAGAACAGAAAAAUUGGCUAGUGCCAGAGACUCGCCAAGAGACUCUCCCAGGACGAUAUCAGAAUGCUCCAUAAGCCAGGACGAUAGUGGUAAUGUUAGUGGCGGUUCAAGGGGGACAACUCCUGAACACAGACGGACAGACAGCAGCUACUCCCAGUCCUCGAUUCCUUCCACAUUAUCUAACGUGACUGAUGAAGAUGAGGACAUUGACAAUAUUGUGGCGAGAGUUCAAAAACAAAAUCGCAGUAACCUACUCUCAGUUUUUGGCGACAGUCGUGAAAGUCUAGCCAGUUACUAUAGCGAUGCAGGUGAUAUUGCAUACAGCAACAUUCCGAUUACAGGCGAGAUCCUGUUUAGCCUCAACUACAACUACAAAACAAACAUGCUGGAGGUUGGUGUGAAACAGUGCCGCAAUAUUGCAGUGGCUGAUUUAAGAAGACGUAGAUCUGAUCCUUAUGUGAAAACCUACCUGUUGCCAGACAGGACAAGAGGAGGGAAGAGGAAGACUAAAGUCAAAAAGCAUUCUACCAGUCCAACAUUUGAUGAAACACUUAAGUAUUCUUUAACAAAGAGUGAGCUAGAGAAUCGGACAUUGUGGUUAACUGUUUGGCAUAAUGACAGAUUUGGUCGCAAUGUUUUUCUUGGUGAAGUUACCAUUAACUUUGAUUACUACAAAUUUGAAGAUCCAUUUCCAAGAUGGUAUCCUUUACAGGAAAGGAUGGAUGCACCCCCUCCCUCUAUGAUGGUAUACAAGGGUGAUCUAAGUUUGUGUAUAAAAUUCGUGCCUGCUGACAAACUCGGUGCUUCCUCAAGUGGUAAACAGAAGAAAGAUAGUGGGAAAGGUCAGUUACAGGUCAUGGUUAAAGAAGCUCGUAAUCUUACUGCUGUUAAGUCCAAUGGAUUUUCAGAUCCAUUCUGUAAAGGGUAUUUGUUACCAGAACGCCACAAGAGUAGUAAACAGAAAACUGCCGUAGUAAAGAAAGAUUGUAGCCCAGUUUGGAAUCAUACGUUUAUAUUUGAGGACGUCACAUUGACAGAAUUACGAGAGAGAUGUCUUGAACUAACUAUAUGGGAUUAUGAGAAACUUGCUAGUAAUGAUUUUCUUGGUGGAGUUCGGCUCAAUCUAGGAUCGGGUGUAAGUGGUGGCAAACAAGUGGAUUGGAUGGAUGCAAGAGGUGAAGAAAUGUCAAUGUGGCAAGCAAUGCUUGACCGACCAAAUUUCUGGAUAGAUGGCGCUCUCAUUCUGCGACCAAAUAUGGAUAAAAGAAAAUACUGAAAAAACAAACAAACAAAGUAUAGAGUGAAAAAAUGUGUUCUCUCAUUGAGCCUGUUUAUUUAGUUUAUUUGGAAUGGCAUAAUACAUACCAGUUCACAGUAAAAUGCAAUUUGUUGUGCAAAAAAAUGAAAAGUACUAAGGAGGAGUGGCCUAGUGGUUUAAGUGUCUGUGUUUCAACACUUGGAUUGUCAGGUUAAUAGUUGGAGCACUACAGUAGUCACUGCCAUGUUUACUUCAUUUGAUACUUGUACUGGUUAGUUCCAGAUUGCAGAGGGAAGCUGUAAUAAGAUCCAAGCUUUUAUAAUAAUUAAUCUAAACUGAAAAUGGUAUACUUGUUUAAGGAACAGUGAAUCUACACUCAAAAUAUUGUGGGUAAGAAUAGAGAGCAGGCAUGAAAUAUGUGGAGAACUAAUGUGUAGAAGUUGUCUUGAAAUAAUCAAACAUCUCUUUAAAAAAAUAGAUAAUUAUCGAAAAUGAUAAAGAAGUGGAAAAUGUAUCAAUGAAAAACAGUCUAUUGUUGGAAAAUACAGUCAUGUAUACUAAGACUUGUAUCAAUACUUAACAGGCCAUUAUUAGUGGUUGUGUUACAGAUUGUGUAGCAAUAUAUAAUUAUGUGAACUGAAAAAUGUUAAAACAUAAACUUACUUAUGUAUGUUCUUUAUGACCAAAUAUUAAAAUUGGCAUGUGAAUAUGUUGCCCUCUGACCUUUAAAAUCAGAAAUCCUUAUGCAUGUCAUAUUUAAAUCCUAUUAUUUCUUCAUUAUAUUCAAAUAUUUAACCAUUUUAUUUCAUUUGUUUAAAGAAAUGGCCUCAACAUAAAAGUUUGGCAGAUAAUAUUUUCUUUUUUUAUAUAUAUUAAAAAGUUUUUUCAUUGCAAAGCAUUAUUUGUAGUGAUAAUUUAUAAAUUUUAGUCAGUGAAAAUUGUGUAUAAAAAUUGAGAAUGGUAUUUGAUAAGGGAGACAACCUUUUAAAUCAUACAUAUUAAUUUUAUCACAGUUACAUCCCCUUUUCUAUUUAUAGUUGUUAGAUCACUUGAACAUAUAUCUAUAUAUGUAUGAAAUUUUGGCCAGUACUCCUAAUAAUUUGUUCUUAUUUUGCAAUUAAUUUUGUUUUUGAAUCUCUUAUACAUUGUUUUCUGUUGAUUUGUAAGAUAAAUGAAUUUAAAUACUUAUUUUUUUGUUUUUUGUUAAAUUUUAAACAAAAAUUUAGUGUCAGUGACCAUUGCAUUAAUCAAACAAUUUUUCUUACACUAUAAUUCUUUUACUAGCAUGCCUAAGAUCUUGUGGCCUAUUGUUUAUUUAUAUAAAAAGAUCCAGAAAAGAAAACAAUUAAAUUUAACAAAUCAUUUUUGGUUCCAGUAAUGAUCUGUAGAAAUGGCUAACAUUAUGUAGUGUAUUAUUUAACUUUUAUUUAGAAAACUAGAAAGAAAAAAGAACUUAUAAAAAAAUGUUUUUGCCUUGAAUAUUGAGUUUUAAUAUCAGUACACUCAUGGAGCUUACUAUAACAGUAAUAAAAGUCUCUGGAAAAUUCUAAGAGGGGUAUGUUUAAAUCCACUUGUUUAUUUUUGUUUGUUGAACUUUUUUUUGUUUGUUCUCAAUUUACAUAGUUUAUGGUAAUAUGAUGUAUAUAUUUUACAUGUAUUCAGAAAGUAUAAGUUUUCUAAUCUUUUUAUUAAAUUCUAUUUUUUUCUUUUUUGUUAAAAGUUAUUCUUUUUAUCUGUUGUUGUUUUUUUUUGUUCUUCGAAUAUCUUCUAUAAUGUCUUUCAAUUGUUUUAUUACAGACAGGUUAUAAUUGUUAAGAUAUCUAUUCGUCCAGCAAGCAUUUGUGUGUUUGAUUGAUUGAUUGAUUGAUUGAUGAUUGAUUGAUUGAUUUGAAAGAAACUUCCAUCGGUAUAAAACAUAAUUCUUCCAAGAAAAAUUUUCAGUGUCUGUAUGUUCAUUUAUGCAAGUUUCACCAAAUGACAUUCCAGAUCUGCUUGAUUUUUGUUUUAUCACAAAAGUUAAAUUUUAGAACUUGAGCUGUUUUGUGAACGAUUUCAAUCAAGUUAAUCAUAGCAUAACAUUUGGUUGCUGAACUUUCUUUCAGGUACUGCGUUGACUGCAGUGUGCAUAAUGUCAUAUAAUGCAUUCCAUUGUUUGUUAAUAUUUUAUAUAGUUAUUUAUUAUUGUUAACUUUCUGGAAAUCCAUGUGUUCUUCAUUGUUUAUACUUAUAUAUAUUUGCUAAACAUUUGUUUUUUAUGCAUUUAAUUAUAUGUUCUUUUGGUUGAAGGUCAAAGGUCUUUUGAUUGAAGGUCAAUGUCAUAUUGUUCAAUUAAUUAGUAAUAUUCAAAAUUAUUUGAUACAAAUCUAGUUUUUUCUUAUUUGCAAAUUGGUCUAUAUAUAAGGUGCCUGUAUUCAUUUUAUUACUUUAGGACAAAGGUUAAGGUCAUGGACCUGUCAAGACAAUAUUAAUGCCUCAUAGAUAGAUAGUGUUUGCAUAAUAGCAUUAUCAAAACUGAAGUUCAUUCCUUCAACCAAGUUUACAAGCUUACAAAUGACAUUGCAUUGUGUUAGAAACUAAAUAUUAUUAUAUAAUAAUAGUUUUGUGUGCUGUUUAAUGGCUUAAGGCUUUAGAUUAGUGGUGAUACUAUAUUAGUUACACCUUCUUUUUAAUGCAACCCUUACCACGCUAAAUGUCUAAACUGGACUUUCCUACCUUUUAAAUGUGGAACAUUGAUCAUUUUUUGGGGAAAUUUUGAAAUAUUUGAAAUAUUUCCCGAAUCAAUAGUGCACAGUGCGAACCAUGAUUGAGGGGCACAGCAUGGUCUGCACUGGUGUAUAGGUAGAUUUAGUUGCCACAAGCACUGUACCAUCUUUAAACAAAACUUUUCCUUGUGAAAACAUAUGUUUUAUACUUUUUGCAUAAAGACUUGUCAAUCUUUUUCACUCUAUACAAUUUUAUAAACUGUGUAAUAAACAUCUUUGCAAUAUUGUUGAUAUUAUUCCUUUACUAUUAACAUGUUUAUAAGAGUUUAUUAUUUCAUAACUAUAAUGCUUUAAAAACUAGAUAGACUGAUAGCUUUUGAAUAUGUUAAUUGUUUCUAUGUGCUUUAUAAAUAAUAUAUGAAGAACAUUAUAAAACAAGCUUUUAAGAAAUGGUUUGUAUUAUACAGUAUUCUUCUUCUUCACUGGCUUAUUCAGAACUUGUUAAGGAAUUGUGGCCUAGUGGUAGAGGUGUCUGCCUCUCAACCAAGUGGACCCCCAAGGCUUGUUCCCUCAUAUGACAUCUGUCUAAUUCCAGAAUACAAGAUUUUAGAGUGUUUUAAAUUGUCAUUUAUGCUACAAACUUUCUUGUAUACCACUCCAGUUUAAAUAAAUAAUAUCUCAACUAAUCUUAAUAUAAAAUGCAUUUUCAUAUAAUAUUUGUGUAUAUAUAUUUAUUGUCAAGGUCAAAUUAAGGCUAAUUGACGUGAGGUAUAGUUGAUUUUGUUCUUAAUUGAUUGAACAAGUCCCUUAAUUACAUUAUAUUAAAGGUCUCAGUUAACCCUUUACCUGUUAAAUUUGUGUAAUGGAUUGGUCCUUCUUUUAAUUUGGAACAAUCCAUUAAAAGUUAAAGGGAUUUCAUUAACAGAAUAUAAAAAUCGGGCUACCAAGAGCAUGGGCCUUGUUCAGACUGCACAAAGUUGCACCUCUGGCCUGGCUCUAUUCUGGCGGGAAAAUGAUAAUCACUUUCUGUAGUUCUAACAGGUUCAUGGUUAAAUAAAAGCAUUUCUCUUUUGACCAAUGUGUUUCAUAAUUAUUAUACAAUUUAUUAAUACUGUUUAUGUACUUAUAGAUAGGUUAACAAAUUUUCGUGCUCUGUCUUAUAUAAUGGUUAUAACUUUAUGUAUUAUAUGUUAUAUAAAUAUAGAUAUCUGGUGUACAGCGCUUUUUCAUAUAUACUUGUUUAAUAAAAAUGAUUAACUUA